AUGAAGGUUGAGGUCGUUUCCACGGAGACCAUCUGGACAUCUCGUCCAACUCCUGAACAACUCAGGAACUUCAAGCUAUCCCUCUUGGACCAACUCGCCACUCCCCUGUUCAUUCCCAUCGUCCCGUUUUACUCCGUCGAAGAUUUCGGGACUGACUGCGGCACAGCCCCCCUCCUCCCCCACACCCCCCCCGGUUCAAUACCUGACAGAAGCGCAAUGCAAAGGCUUAUGCCACUCGAUCCUUACAAUGUACCAAUCACGAGGAACUUCCCAUCACAGCGGUUCAGGUCAAUGUUUUCGACUGUGGGAGUGUUAGCCAUUGGGGCGUGUAUCUCACACAAGGUCGCUGAUGGAGCAACCCUCUCAUCGUGCCUAAACAUGUGGUCGGCAAUUGAAACGAGCAAUGGUCGAGGAGGAAUCAGCCUCGCUCCUCAUUUGGACUCCACGAUGCUCUUCCCACCAAUAGACAUCAACCUAAAGAUGCCCAGAAGAGUUAUGGCCGACGAAAAAAUGAUGACAAUGAGGUUCGUGUUUGAAGGCAAAAGGUUGGCUCUUCCGAGAUCGCAAGUAGGUGUUCCCAGUAGUACCCGAGUUGAGGCUGUGACAACCCUUCUGCGGAAGUCCGCCAUGGUCACAAGUUAG